AUGGCCGCGCCCCUGCGCAACACUCUGACGAGCCCAGCCGGCCGCUCAUCAUUCCGAUCUUGGCCCGGCGCUUCAGUUCGCGGCAUCACCAGCUUCAGCCCGGCCAAUGCCCCAGCCCAGAUUGCCGCGCGGCCGCCGUCAGAGAGUGUCUUGGAACAGCCACCUCCUGAUGCGUUAUUGCUGAAGAGACCAGUGUCUGCGCCGCGAGACAGCUUGCCCCAGACGUCCUUUGAGAGCUCGGGAGCCGUGUGGGUGGGAGGCCGGGGAGACCAGCCGCCGGAUCCAAACAAAGCAAAGCUCGGCAAAACUCUACGAAUCCUCCAAGAGCGCCUCCCGACGCUCCUCCAAUCUCCCCUCCCGCAAGACAUCCUCGCUCCCAACAUCUCGCUCCAGCUCUUCCCCUCCACGCACCCCCAUCUCCCCGUCGUCUCCGGCCGAGUCGCCUACAACGCCGCCCUCUGGACCUCCCCCAUCGCCUGGAACCGCGUCCCCAUCAUCGGCAACGUCAAGCUCGAGAUCCUCGCCGAGCGCAUGACCUCGGAGCCCCUGACCUUUCUGCCCCGCCGCGCCGGCGCCAUCCAGGAGCAGCUCGUCGUGCGCUGGUGCGAGAAGCGCAAGGUCAAGGAAAAGGAUGACAAGCACAAGGGCACGGGCAUCUCGCUGCCCUCGCUGCGCUUGGCCCGCGGCGUCGACCCCAAGGAGGCCUUUACGGGGCUCUUCAUCUUCGAUUUCGAUGCGGAGGGCAGGAUCCUUACGCAUACCAUUGAGCAGGCUCAGGAGGGUGGCGAUUGGGAGAAGGGCAUGGGAGCCAAGUUCGUGGGUCUCACUGAUUGGCUGCUAGGGGGCUUGCAAGGUCCGGAUGACACCCCGAUACCCAUGUUUGAGAGAAAACGGACGUUGUGA